GGGCGAAUGUGAUUAAGGUAAGUGCCUGGCUUCGCACAAAAUACGAUAUCUCUGCCGUACAUAUAAUACAAUAAUCAAUGAUUAUAAAACAUUCUGUAUAAGUUUUGUAAUAUUAAAUAAGGAAAAUCAACUAGAUAUCGUAUUUUGCGCGAUGCUAGGUACUUACCUUAAUCACAUUCGCCCGCCAGUACAGCUAUCAAAUCAGUUUUUGAAUGAGUUUUUGUAAGUAUUUUGAUAUUUGUUGCAUAAACAUCUAACUCUAGUUUCAAUAUUAUCUUCCUUAAUUUUAAUCAAAUUUUGUCUCGUUUUUUUAUUCAACUCAUAAGAGUACAGCCCAUGAUAUAUAUAGAAAUUUUUUUAUGAAUUGCUCAUAAUUAAUGAGAAUAUUUAAUAAUACUGUGUAAAUUCAAUCUACUUCUGAAAAGUACCAGAGGUUUGUUUCAGAAAACUCCAUGUAUUUGAGUGGACCGGCCGGAAUUACCCCACGUAAAAUAGCUUAGCGGCUGGAAUUACCCUCGACCGAUUUGGAGAUCCCUGUCUCCUUUUGAACACUGAUCGAAAACGGUUUCGGCUUAUUCGAUUAAAAACACCCUAGAAAUACGCAAAUAUAUAUUGUAUAUUUUCAUGGUCAGUAAUAUUCUUUUGAUCAAGUUUUCAAUGAAAAUGUUUCAAAACGAAAACAACAUUUUACAAAGAAGUUUUCUUUAGCUCUAAACUAACGUAGAACUGAUUCAAAGAGUUCACCAAAAGGAUUUAUUAUAGUGGUUCUCAAAGCGAUUUUUCAAAGCAUUCAUCAAAGUGACUGUUUAGAGCGAUUUAGAAGGUGUUAGCCAGUACUGAUAACAGAGAACGCUUUAUUUGAAACGUGGUGACUAUAUACAUAUACAGGCAUGAAUUUGGAAAAAACCAGGAAUAUGUUGAAAAGGAAAAUGAACGAUAUUGGAAGUGUACUAUAAGGAGAAAGAACGUACAUAUAAACAUUUCCCUUAACUCAUAGUGAUGACGUGUUAGUUAUAUGCCUAUAUGACUUCUUUCUAUUCUUUCCUUUUUGUCUAAGGUAUUUUGGUAGUGCUCCUUUGGUUUUUUCCAUUAUCAUUAUUUCAAGGCUAUUCAUAGGAAGUUUCAACUUACGAAUUCUGCGCAUGAUGUACACACACAUCACAUUCUUCCUGAUGCGUCAUAUAUCGCCUCAUCUUCUCUCGAUUCUAAUAAUAAACGUACCCACGCACCGGUGCGCACCCGUGCCCAUCAAGUGCCGAACCAAUGCCGAUUGGCAUCCGUGCGUGCCAGUGCCAAUAUAUUUCUGCCGAAAUAGUGCCGCACUGGCAAAAAUCGGUGCCGCACUGAUAAUUUAUUUAAUCAAUUUAAUUAGUUCUUUAUUAUCGUUGUUUAUGCUGAAUUUUGUAUUAGAGUGCGGCACUGAUCAGUAUCACAUUGACAUGCCAAAACCAUGCGACAUUGCCUCGGCACUUCUCUUAUGAGAUGGAAAAGAUGAAGUCAGAAAGACAUUCAAAAUAUCAGAAGUAGACUGUAGCGUUAAUAUAGACAGAAAUUGACCAAAUAAAAUGGUGAUUGAAAACAAACUGGUGCGCACCGGUGCGAGAUUUUUCAUUCUUUUUGGCACUGGUGCGCACCGGUGCGAGAUUUUUACAUUCUUUCUGGCACCGAUGCGCAUCGGUGCUCAGAAAAAAAUUAUUCGGCACCGGUGCGCACCCGUGCACAACUAGUGCCGAUAGAAUAUUUUUUUGUAGGAUCAGAAUCAAUGUUGGAGACGACUAUAAACAACAGCAAAAAAGUCAAUUUCUACUUACGAAUGAUCCAAAUCAACAAAGUUCUAACUAUUUGAUGCAAGGCCACUGAGAAAAAACGAUUCAUCUAAAGAAAUUAAGAUACAUUUCUUGAGACUCGACCGCCUCAACUGAUUCCACAUGACUCCAGGAGACUCCAUACGACUGGAGUCGAACGGAGUCUGCUGUUUCCCCCUUGCUUUACACACUCCUUUUUUGGUAGCGUUCCUCCUUAGUUCCUCUUUUUUAGAAAAACCUCAGUACGAAGCUAGGAUACCAUCAUUAUGACAAACAUGUUAACAAUUAUACUUCAUACCGUUACCAGUUCUAAUUAUGCUUUGAUUUGUGCAAUUUUGUAUCGAAUAGGAAAUGUUGAGAGGGUCUCUAUGACGCGUCUAGUUAUUGGUUAACGAUUUUUAAUUGAUUAGAAAGAAUCUUCUACUGCGAUAAUGGAAGAUUGAAUUGUGCAAAGCGGAAACUUAACUGUUGAUGUUGAAAAAUUCAACAUGUCUUUUUGUAUCUAGUUACAAUAUUAGUAACUCCAAAACUACAACCUCACAUUCCCGUUUGUUAGAUCCUACACCUCAGCGUAAUCAUUCAGAAACAUCUGAUGCGUUUAGUAUAAGGCUUCUACUUUUAUUUUUAGAUUAUUGUGCGAAAAUAUUUAAUAAAAUAUCGUUUUCGUUCUGUUUUACGAUAUCCAAUUUUGCCAUUCUUUCUGAACACAAUUCUUCGUAUCUUUUUUCCUUUCAGAUGCAUCAUUCAAAUGGACAACGAAUAUUUAUUAUUUGUCUUCAUUUAACGCAACGUUUUCUAACAAUUAAAUUUUUAUUUGGCUUCGCAACUGGUAUAAUAUUAACACUUAUUUUUAAUAGUAGGGGAAUAAAUGAUUUAUCUGAUACAAAAUCAUUUCGUCCUGAUCAGUCUAAAUUUGAAUAUGAAAAAAAUAAAAACCAAAAACCUAAUGAUGAUUAUCUAAAUAGUGUGAAUGAUAAUAAACAAAGUUUAACUGGAAAAUGGAAGUAUAAUUGGGACGGAAAUCUAACAACACGCGGUUCAUCAUCAAGAAAUCUCUAUUUAAUACGACAUGGCCAGUAUUACGAUAAUGCAAAACAACUGUCGGAUAUGAAAUUGACACCAUUAGGUCGAGAACAGGCAGUUUAUACUGGUAAACGGUUAAAUGAAAUGAAACUUAAAUUCAAUCGUUUAAUACAUUCUGGAAUGGUUCGUGCUCGAGAAACUGCUGAAAUAAUUACAGAAAAUUUACAGCAAACAAUAGAAUUGACUGAAGAUAAAAAUUUAACAGAAGGUUUACCGAUUGCUCCUGAACCAUAUGCUGGCAUAUCUCAAAAAGAUGUUGAGGUGAAUGAAUUAUACUUGAUGUAUGGAGAUAAAUCCCGCAUUGAUCAUGCUUUUCGAACAUAUUUUCACCGAGCAAUGCCAUCUCAGAGCUCUGAUACUCAUGAUAUUAUAGUAUUUCAUGCUAAUCUUCUACGAUAUUUUAUCUGCAAAGUUAUGCAGUUUCCAGCUGAAGCUUGGCUGAGAAUCACACUCAAUCAUGGAAGUAUUACACAAAUAACUGUACUGGCAGACGGAACCGUCAUAUUGAAGAAUAUUGGUGAUGCAGGUUUUAUUCCGGUAGAAAAGGUUACAUUUUGA